AUGGAGGAGGCAGUGGACUAUAUUAGCGAUAGCAGUAUCCCGGGUGAUGAAAGGACAACGUCCGAUGCACCCAUGCCUGAGGUACAACCUCCUACUGCGUUAAGUCCUUUCUUUGAACGUGAUGAUAUGAAUGCGCCAUUGGCGCUGCAUUCAACACCCGGUUUGGAUGAUGCAAUCAUCACCAACCCGCUUGAUGAGCGGCGACAGCUGACUUUCAAUGAGAAGGAAGCGUUCGGUGCCAUGCACGAAUGA